AUGGAUUUAACGGAGCUGGGAGACCUGGGCAGUGGCUGUGAAGAUGAAAACUGUGGCAUAGCAUCAGGCUAUCUGGAGGACUGCUUGAACAAUGAGUGCCAAUGGGAGGAACCUAUGUUUGGAUUCAUUGAGUUGGUGUGCGUGACUGUCAUUUACAUUCCACUGAUGCUCCUCGGCCUUUUGGGAAAUAUACUAACAAUUCUGGUGGUUUGGCUCCGUCCACACAUGAGAAGCUCUACCUACCUCUACCUGAGCAGCAUGGCUGUGAGUGAUCUGUUGAUACUCCUGCUGCUGCCUCUGGAUCUGUAUAAGCUCUGGAGGCCCACACCCUGGCCCUUAGGAGACCUUGCCUGCAAGCUGACCAUGUUCUUAUCAGAGUGCUGCACCUUCUGCACCAUCCUCCACAUCACCUUCCUCUCCCUGGAGAGGUACCUGGCGGUCUGCUGGCCAAUCACGGCCAAGACGCUGGUGACACGGCGCAGAACCAGAACUCUUAUUGGCUGCCUCUGGCUGGGUGCGGCUGUCAGUGCAGCACCGGUAUUGAUCAUGGUUGGAGUGGAGGAAGUUGGGGGAGAGGAGAGAGCACUCAGCACAUGGAGGGAGGAUGGAAGGUGGACAGGCAGGGAAGGAGAACAGGGAGGAUUUAUAACAGGUGGAGGGAAAGGCGGAAGUGGACAUGUAAUGGACGGAGGAAUGAAGUUGGAUGAAUACGAGACAAAGGGAUGGGGUGAAAGAGUUGAGGAGUUGAAGUGGGUUGGAGAGAGAGAGGAAAGAAAACUGGAAAUAGGAGAAAUAGAUGAGAGGAAACAAAGAGAUGAAGAGAUGAAAGAUGAAAAACAAGAAGAAAGAGAGGAAAAGAUGGAAGUUGAUGGAAAUCCACUGAAAGAAGACGAGGGAGGAGGAAGGGAAGAGUCUGACAAGAGGGAGUGUCGCUGCACACAUUACGCCGUCUCCUCCGGCCUGUUGUCGGCCAUGAUGAUCGUCUCCAACUUGUACUUCUUGAUACCACUCUGCAUCCUGGGACUGGUCUACAGCCUGAUUGGAAGGACGCUGUGGCUCCGUCCGCAGAGCAGCCGUAGAGACCAGAGUCACCGACACACUGUCAAAAUGCUGGGAGUGAUUGUCUUGGCGUUUGUCCUGUGCUGGUUGCCCUUUCACGUCGGACGGACUAUAUUCUCUCUAUCUCUGGGCAGUGGUACUGAAAUUUUGUACUACCUGUCUCAGUAUUUCAACCUGGUGUCCUCUGUCCUCUUCUGCCUCAGUGCUGCCGUCAACCCUUUACUGUACAACCUGAUGUCUGCUAGAUAUAGACACGCUGUACACAGCCUCAUACACACACACUCCCAAACACCGCCUCACCGCCUGCGCACACUCACGACACAGCACUCCACGACCACUCUGUAA